UAGAUCUUGCUUUGAAAAAAUGGAAAGCCCGGAGAAGUAAACUGAAACUCUGGUUGAUGUGUUUUGGGAUUCAAUCUCGGAAUAUAGUCCACAAAUAUCUGCAUUUUCAUCAUUUGAAAAAGCCUUAGAGUAUUAAAAAAUACCAGAAAAGCAUUAGAAGAUUACUAUGGCCUCUUCCUCUUACGCGUCUACAGAGGAGACGACAAAUGCCUGUAGAGCCUGUCGACUUCUCCUGGGUCCGUGUACAGAUGAGUUACGUGAUGUUUUACUUCACCAUGUACCACCGUCAACAUUCCCACACGUCAUUAUAAACAAAAGGAUUAAUCUUCCCCGUCUGACAGCUCAACAGAUGAAUCUUAUUUUACCCAGAGGUAGUAGUUAUACAGGAAACUAUGAUGAUAUGGACAUUUCCUUAUUGUACAUACUACUCAGAAACAUUUGUGGUUUAUCACCACACAGUAAUGGCUGGGGAAAUGAUCCAGACCCUACAGAUCGAUCUCUCUCUGCCAACAUUGAGAGAAUCCGUAUUGCAAGAAAUCAGUGUGUACAUUCUUCUAGUCCCGUCCUCUCCAAUGCUGAUUUUAACACGAUCUGGACCAAUGUUAGAUCAGCAGUUGCAGACUUUGAUUCUUUCCUUAGCAAUGGGAACAAGUAUGAAAAAGAGGUGGACUUUUUGAGAUAUGAGACAAUGGACCCUGCCCGUGAUUCCAAUUACAUAGAAGAACUGAGGAAACAGGCUGAAGAAGAUGCAGAAACUAGAAAAAUUGUUCUAGGCCUGAAACGUAAAUAUAAUGGCUGGGUUUGA